GCCGCCUUUGAUAGCUUUACCCAUUUCUUCACGACACCCCCACCGACUGCUUCGUCGUCGGAGAACUAAAUUAUGACCUCCGACUCUGACAUCAAUGGCCGCCCCCACCAUAUAAUCCGCCCACCACCACCAUCAUCAUCAAACUACCGCCCACAUUAUUAUCCCCACUCUUCCUCCUCCUCCUCCUCCGCCUCCGCUUCAAUCAAAGGCUGUUGUUGUUGCCUUAUCCUACUGUUCUCCUUCCUCGCCCUCCUCGUCGUCGCCGUCGUUCUCGUCAUCUUCCUCGCCGUUAAACCCAAAAAACCAGAAUUCAAUCUCCAACAAGUCGGCGUCCAAUACAUCAACCUCGCCGCCACCAAUCCUCCGACGACCAACGUCAAUUCCCCCAGUUCCGCCUCUCUUUCUCUCGCCAUACGCAUGCUGUUCACUGCCAAAAACGAAAACAAGGUUGGGAUCAAGUAUGAGGAGUCCACGUUCAAUAUAAUGUAUCGUGGGAUUCCCUUGGGUCGGGGAACCGUACCCGGGUUUUUCCAGCCUGCUCACAGCAUCCGGCAGGUUCAGACGACGGUGUCGGUGGAUCGGGUGAAUCUGUUACAGGCCGAUGCUACUGAUUUGGUGAGAGACGCUUCGCUGAAUGAUCGGGUCGAACUUCGGAUCAUGGGUGAUGUAAGGGCCAAGAUUCGGAUCAUCGGGUUAACUUCACCCGCUGUGCAGGUAUCGAUAGAUUGUGGCAUUGUUAUAAGCCCCAGGAAGCAAUCCCUGACUUACAAGCAAUGUGGAUUCGAUGGUUUGCAACUAUGAUCUAAAUCGGAUCUUUUUUUGGGCAUAAAUUAGGCUAAAUUAUAUUACUUUUUCUUUUCUUACAAAAAUUGUAGAAAUAUUCAAGUAAUCCAUGGCCUAUUUCCCCCAUUUUA